CAGCCCGUCGGCGCGCUGGGCAAUAGGAAACAGUUUAUUAGGAGGGAGUGGUGGAGCCGAGCCAGGCAGGAAGACGCUGGAAUAAGAAACAUUUUUGCUCCAGCCCCCUUUCCAGUCCCGGGAGGCCGCCGCGCCUGCAGCUUCGAGCGAGCCCCUCCCCAGCUCCAGCCCCGUCCGGGGCCGCGCCUGGCCCCCGGCCCCCUCCCUGUCCCCGGCCCAGCGCUCGUCGUGUGACUCGGGUCCUGUCUGCGGACCCAAAGGGACGAUGACCUUGGCCCACCCCAAAAGGGGCCUUCUGAUGCUGCUGAUGGCCUUGGGUCUGACCCAGGGAAACCCUGUGGAGUACCUGGUGAACUGCACGUGUCGGAACCCACACUGCAAGGGGACCACCUGCCAGGGGCUCUGGUGCACAGCAGUGGUGUUUGUGGAUGAGGAAGGUCACCGCCAGCAGUUCCAGGGCUGUGCGAGUCGGAACGAAGAGCUCUGCAGGGGGCGUCCCACUGAGUUUGUGAACCAUUUCUGCUGCCACCAAUCCUUCUGCAACCACAAUGUAUCCCUGUGGCUGGAGACCACCCAGACUCCUCCAGAGCAGCCAAAAGUAGAUAGCCAUCUGCCUCUGAUCCUGGGCCCUGUGCUGGCCUUGCUAGUGCUGGUGGCCUUGGGUGCCCUGGGCCUGUGGCAUAUCCGGCGAAGGCGGGAGAAGCAGCGAGGCCUGUACAGUGACCUGGGCGAGUCCAGCCUCAUCCUGAAAUCACCCGAGCAGAGGGACAGCAUGUUGGGGGAAUUCCUGGACAGCAACUGCACCACAGGCAGUGGUUCAGGGCUCCCCUUCCUGGUGCAAAGGACAGUGGCACGGCAGGUCACCCUGGUGGAAUGUGUGGGAAAGGGCCGCUAUGGCGAAGUGUGGCAGGGCUUGUGGCAUGGUGAGAGUGUGGCUAUCAAGAUCUUCUCCUCGAGGGAUGAGCAGUCUUGGUUCCGGGAGACGGAGAUCUACAAUACAGUGUUGCUCCGACACGACAACAUCCUAGGCUUCAUCGCCUCAGAUAUGACCUCCCGCAACUCGAGCACACAGCUGUGGCUCAUCACGCACUACCAUGAGCACGGCUCCCUCUAUGACUUCCUGCAGAGGCAGACGCUGGAGCCCCAGUUGGCCCUCAAGCUAGCUGUGUCUGCAGCAUGCGGCCUGGCACACCUGCACAUGGAGAUCUUUGGUACUCAGGGCAAGCCGGCCAUUGCCCACCGCGACCUCAAGAGCCGCAACGUGCUGGUGAAGAGCAACCUUCAAUGUUGCAUCGCAGACUUGGGCCUGGCUGUGAUGCACUCCCAGGGUAGCGAUUACCUGGACAUCGGCAACAACCCAAGAGUGGGCACCAAGCGGUACAUGGCACCCGAGGUGCUGGAUGAGCAGAUCCGCACCGACUGCUUCGAGUCCUACAAGUGGACAGACAUCUGGGCCUUUGGCCUGGUGCUGUGGGAGAUCACUCGGCGGACCAUUGUCAAUGGUAUUGUGGAGGACUACAGGCCACCCUUCUAUGACUUGGUGCCCAAUGACCCCAGCUUCGAGGACAUGAAGAAAGUGGUGUGUGUUGACCAGCAGACUCCCACCAUCCCCAACCGGCUGGCUGUAGACCCGGUUCUCUCAGGUCUGGCUCAGAUGAUGCAGGAGUGCUGGUACCCUAACCCCUCCGCCCGCCUCACUGCGCUUCGCAUCAAGAAGACCCUACAGAAGCUCAUCCAAGGCUCAGAGAAGCCCAAAGUUGUUCACUAGCCCAGGACCACUGGACUCCCUCUGCCUGCAGGGUGAGGCAGCAGGGCAUGGUGGCCCAUCUGGGUAAAGGUAGUGGGUAUGUGUGUGUUGGGGCAGGGGUGCCCCCCUUUUGGGCAGCUGUGCUGGCCCAGCUGGGCCCCCAACUCAUCCAGCCAAAAAUACAGCUGGGGUGAAAUCUGAUCUCCUUGCUGUCUGGCCUGCUCAAAGUAGCCGGCUCCCUGACGCCUGGCUUUCUCCCCACCUCCAUGCCAGUAGGCUGUACCCCCUACUACUUCCAAGGCAGGAUGCAAAAGAAGCUUCAGAGCCAGGGAGAGGGGCAAACUAGAGAAUCCUAGUUUAGGCCUGGACCUGGGCCUGCACUUUUCCCUGUCCUUGGUCAACCCCACUGCCUGGCUAGGACUGCCAGUAUGGCAAAGGGCCUCACCCAACCCUCAGCAGAAGCUGCCCUGCUGGGCUUCAGCCUCUGGGACAAGCCUUAGGUACCCAGGGACCCUCUCCAUGGCCUUAUAUGUCAGCAUUCUAUCUCCCCAAUAAGACCCCAGCUAGCCAAAUGGCAGCAGCCUAGAAGAGCUGGAGCCUGACUCUGCUAACCUCUAGUUCCUGCAGCAACCUGGCUGCCUUGCUGGGCCAUUAACACCCUUGAAGUCCUGCUGAGGGUGUGUGGAGAGGUGACAGGUCAUAAGGGUAGGGCUGGAACUUUCAGAAUAAUUGAAAGGGUGUCAGACUACACAUGGAAGGGUAAGCUGGAGUGAGUGAGGAGACCUGGGCUCUGAUCCUUGCUCUGUACUUGCUCCCUACCACCACAGUGGGAUUUUCUUCCAUCUCAGAAUGUUUGUCUUUUCAUUGACACACUGCAGGAUUUGGACCUGACAUCCUUUGAGACCUUUCCAGUUCUGUUUUGCUUUGAAGGUCAGCCUGUGUGACCUAAGUUUACCAGUUUCACCUAUUCCUAUACCCUGGCCCCUAGCAAUGUGCCUCAAGAUGAGAUCUGAAAAGAACUGUGUCAGAGUCCAGGAGGUUGGAAGUGACUCCUAGUCUAAUCCUGUAUGCUCUAGAUCUUGCCUUAAGCUGUUCCAGGGGCCAUCCUUGGCUCACCCAGUCUUGGGCCUGCUGGGGCUGGAGGUCACUUCCCCUGGAAUCUCCAAGGCACUAAAGAAACUCAGCUCCAGCCAAGAAACCUACAGUGCCCAGAUUUCUGAUUCUCAUUGACCCUGACCCACAACCUUGGUCAAACCCCAGAGAGUGUCUCAUUGUAACCCAAGAAAAACACACAAAAAAAAAUCUAGUGUUUAGCU